ACAUCUCUUGAUUAAUUUUUUGUUGUUUUGGGACGUGACGUAAACAGGGAUUUCCUUUGUGGAAAUCAAACUGUGACUUGAUCUAACGCGAAGCCAACCUAAAAAGCCAGAACCACUCGUUUUCUCUACUAGCUAGCUACACCCAGCUGGCCACCACAUCUUCUUUUGUCCCCAAGUUAACGCACAUCACCACCAGGGGCAACCAUGGUUAUCACCAUGAUCUCUCACAAACUCUCGUGCUACGCCUCCAUCAUCGUCGUCGUCGUCCCCUUCCUAGCGCGGCUCGCCGCCAGCGACGUGCUGUGGCAAGAAUGCGAUAGCAGCCAGAACUACACAGCCAACAGCCCCUUCCAAUCAAACCUAAAGCAGCUCUCCACCACCCUCCCCACGGAGGCCUCCUCAUCUGCCACGCUCUUCGCCACGGCAGCCGUCGGCGCCAUCCCGGACACCGUGUACGCGCUCACGCUCUGCCGCGGCGACACCAACAACGCCUCCGCCUGCAACGUCUGCGUGUCCAACGCCUUCCGGGACGCGCAGCAGGUGUGCGCCUACAACAUGGACGUGGCCGUCUACUACGACCCUUGCUACCUCCGCUUCUCCAACCAGAACUUCCUAACCUCCAUCGACAACACCAAGCGGCACAUCAUGCCCAACGGGGAGAACGUGACCGCCCUGGCUGCGACGUUCGAUGCCGCCGUGGGCGUGCUCCUCGCCGCUGUCGCCGACUACGCGGCGCUGAACGACUCUUCCUCCUCGCGGUAUUACGGCACGGGAGUGGAGGACUUUGAUGAUGAGAACGACGUCCCGAGGAUCUACGCGCUGGCGCAGUGCACGCCGGACAUGGCGCCGGCCGACUGCCGGAGAUGCCUCGAGGGAAUCGUGAAGGUGAUGCCGAAGCAUUUCAGCAGGCGGCAGGGCGGGAGGAUCCUGGGGUUACGCUGCAACUACCGGUUCGAACUGUAUCCUCCCUUCUCCGGUGCUCCGCUUUUGCAUCUUCCAGCGCCGGCCUCGGGUGAGACACCAACGACGGAUGGAGGAGGAAGGAGAAAUAAAUCAACUAUCAUCCUAAUCGCUGCACUGGUUGUAGUUUCUUCAGCAUUGGCUUUCACUUUAGUUUGCUUUGGUGUAUGGAGUAGUAGAAGACACCAACGAUUGUCGUCACUACCAUAUUCCCGCAAUUGGGAGAGCGCUCCAAGCAUCAAUUUAUCCUUUCUUGGUCUGUCGACAUUGGAAAUUGCAACAGAAAAUUUUGCAGAAAGAAAUAAGCUUGGGGAAGGUGGAUUCGGUGCAGUUUACAAGGGAGCCCUUCCUGAUGGCCAAGAGAUAGCUGUGAAGAGACUCUCACAGGGUUCAGCGCAAGGAAUAGGAGAACUGAAAACAGAGCUCAUUUUGGUUGCUAAGCUUCAGCACAAGAAUCUUGUGAGGCUUAUAGGAGUUUGCUUGGAAGAGCACGAGAAGCUUGUUAUCUACGAAUACAUGCCCAAUAGAAGCCUUGACACGAUCCUCUUUGAUCCUGAGAAGAGCAAGGAUCUUGAUUGGGGGAAGAGGCUCAAGAUAAUUAAUGGGAUUGCGCGAGGUUUACAGUACGUCCAUGAAGAUUCUCAGCUGAAAAUAAUCCACCGAGACCUCAAAGCGAGCAAUGUUCUUUUGGAUUCAGAUUUGAAUCCGAAGAUUUCAGACUUUGGUCUGGCAAGGCUGUGCCAAGGCGAUCAAUCAAAGGAUGUCACAAACAGAGUUGUUGGGACGUUUGGAUACAUGGCACCAGAAUACGUCGUCCGCGGACACUACUCGACCAAAUCAGACGUGUUUAGCUUCGGCAUUCUGAUUUUAGAGAUCAUAACAGGAAGAAGAAACUGUGGAUCCUACAACUCCGAGCAGUCUGUUGACCUCUUAACUCUUAUAUGGGAGAACUGGACCAGGGGAACGAUCUCUGAGAUAGCUGACCCGUCCCUUAUUACCACCAGCAGCAGCAGCAUUCCGGAAGAUGAGAUGGUGGCGUGCGUCCACAUCGGGCUGCUGUGCGUGCAGGAGAGCCCCGCAGAUAGGCCGACCAUGUCGGCCGUGAAUGCGAUCCUUAACAGCGACACCGUCGCGCUUCAUGCUCCGUCCAAGCCGGCGUUCUGUAUCCGGGGGAGUAGCGCUCACCCGGAACCACGUCAGGGAGCGGGAGCCUCGCAUGGUGGUGCAGGCAGGCCGGCGGCGGUGAUGUCACUCAACGAGGUCUCGCUCACGGAGCUUGUAGCCAGAUAAGCCUUGUUGGCCUGAAAAAUCUGAAAUGAGGUCAUGUAGAACGAAGAACUGCUGACAUUGUGCAUUGAGCUGCGGGGAACUGCUCUGCUAGUGCUAGUGUAGUUACUGUU